UGACGUUUCGGUUCUUCAUGAACCCGUGUUUUGAAAGCGCCCAUCGCUACAUUAAUGCUGCUUAUAUUAUAAGCCAAAUCAGUUUCGGUUGUAGAAUGUCUAUUAGAGAUUAGAAUGAAUUAAAACUGACUAACGGAUAUUCCGCGAAAUAAACUUGAUGGAUUAUGAUGGAGCAGCAUGAAAGCGACCAGACCACACAGGCACCAGAUGUGAGGACAAAAACCUGCCAGUCGUCACCUAGACAAGAGCAGAACAAUGAAAAACAGUAUCAGAAUGAACGGAAAGAAGAUUCUGUCACUCGCCAUGAAUGUGGGAUGCAUUUCUUUAAGGAGGCAAGUCAUGAGGAGCACAUGAGAAUUCACACUGAAGAGAAACCAUUCAUCUGCCCUCAGUGUGGAAAGAGUUUCACAGAGAAACAAAAGCUCGAGGCUCAUUUAAGGAUUCACACUGGAGAGAAACCUUUCUUCUGCCCUCAAUGUGAUAAGAGUUUCACAUCGAAACAAAGCCUUAAAAGUCACAUGAGAAUUCACACUGGAGAGAAACCUUUCACCUGCCCUCAGUGUGAAGUGAGCUUCACGCAACAAGGAUACCUUAAACGUCACAUAAGAACUCACACUGGUGAGAAACCGUUCAUCUGCCCUCAAUGUGGAAAGAGUUACAAAGUAAAACAAAGCCUUGAGAGUCACAUGAGAGUUCACACUGGAGAGAAGCCGUUUAUCUGCCCUCAGUGUGGAAAAGGUUUCACAGCAAAACAGUGUCUUAAAAGUCACAUGAGCAUUCACAUCGGAGAGAAACCUUUCACCUGCUCAAUCUGUGAGAUGAGCUUCACACAACAACAAAGUCUUAAACGUCACAUGUGGACUCACACUGGAGAGAAGCCAUUUAUUUGCUCUGAAUGUGGAAAGAGUUUUACAGUGAAACAAAGCCUCGAGAGUCACAUGAGAAUUCACACUGGGGAGAGACCUUUCACCUGCUCUGAGUGUGGAAAGAGUUGCACAGUAAAACAAAACCUUGAGAGUCACAUGAGAAUUCACACUGGAGUGAAGCCUUUCUCCUGCCCUCAGUGUGGAAAGAGAUUCACAGUGAAACAAAGCCUCGAGAGCCACAUGACCAUUCACACUGGAGAGAAACCUUUCACCUGCUCUGAGUGUGGAAAGACUUUCACAAUGAAGCAAAAGCUUGAGAGACACAUGAAAAUUCACACUGAAGAGAAACUUUUCAUCUGCCCUCUAUGUGGGAACAGUUUCACAAUGAAAACCAACCUUGACAGACACAUGAAAAUUCACACUGAAGAGAAGCCUUACACCUGCUUCGUGUGUGGAAAGAGUUUUAGAAUAAAACAAAACCUUGAUAGUCACAUGAGAGUUCACACUGGGCUGAAGCCCUUCAUCUGCUGUGAAUGUGGGAAAAGUUUCACUGUGAAACAAAGCCUUGAGAGUCACAUGAAACUUCACAAUGAAGCGGAGGCUUUUACCUGUUCCGAGUGUGGAAAAACUUUCACAGUGAAGCAAAACCUUGAGAAUCACAUGAGAAUUCACACUGGAGAGAAACCUUUCACCUGCCCUCAGUGUGGAAAGAGCUUCACGCAACAUGGACACCUUAAACGUCACAUGAGAAUUCACGCUGGAGAGAUGCAUUUUGACAGAGUUGGGGAAUCUCCUCUGCUGUCACCUGUGUACAGCAUCCAUCCAAAUGCAGUGAUGGCAGUCAUAGCAUACCAGGACACCCACCAGCUAUCGGAGGAGAGUGAUGUAGUCAAUCUGUUUAUAUGACUAGGAGGUCAUGACCAAUAAGAGACCAACAGGACAAUUACUCUACUCUUAAUGAGUAAGUGUUUCUAUUGUUCAUUAUUAUGGGAGCUGCGGUGUUUCCCCUUAAUU